CAGAAUACUGGAGAGGGCCAAGCUUAGGUGCCAACCGGAGCUAAAAUUCAGUGAAUAACCAGACGUCAUGCACCGAGCGUUCAUCCUGCUGGCGGUGGUGCACUUGCUGAGCGAAGUUUGCAGCGACGACGCGGGGCGGCAGGGCAAUGCAGACAAUUUAGAAGACUUGCCUGUUGAACUGGAACAUUACGGUGCUAAGGCGCGUCUUUUCCUGGGCACGUCUACCAACACGCGCGUGGUGACGCUCACGAGCUCGACGGUGGCGGUGUGCGUUACGGCCAUCAGCGCCUCAACUUGCUCUGGCAGGAAGAGGCGAAGUGCCUUAAAAAAUAAAAUAAAGCGGAACAUCCCUAAAAUAAUGCCGCUUGAUGGCACCCCUGACCUGGCACCUUCCUUGGCAACUCGUGGCUAUGAUGACGGCAAGAAAAGCGGCCGCAUCUUGUUCUACCCUGCCACCAUCUUCACUACUCUCACCUUCACUUCCUUUGUUGACAUUGGAAGGACCGCCACCGUGUCUCUGGCAUGUACUCCUUCUGGGCAGAACAUCAAUUUCUGUGGUUGAAUUUAAUACCGAGUUCCUGAGUAAAUGUUUGUAACUCUUAUGCUGACAACCGUUUCCAUGAAAUACUGCCAAAUGUUACCGGUUCUCGAGUGAUCAUGAUUUUUGCAUGGUGACCAAUAGUGCGAAGCUCGUGUCAUAAAAAGACAAUUUAUUACAAUGUACCAGUGGGGGAAUACUCGUAUUUUGUUAAACGAAGGGACAGCUGCAUGACGAGAUUAUUAGCGGACUUUACGGAGGCAUAUUUCACGAAGAAUCUAAAACCACAGUGUUUUAUUCUUGUCUGGCUUUUAUAUGCGAUAUGAGAAGCAGCUGUCUAUAAAAACUCCUACGACUAGCCAUCAUCUAACAUUAUCUGCAGAAUGCAUCGGCUGUCCUCCACUAUCAGUCUCUGUCUAUCUGCCGUUGCAUUCCAAUGAAUUAAAUUAAGCAGCAAAGAUUACCGAAAAGUUCCGGGUUUCUCGUUAAAGCUCUCGUGGCCUUAAUUGCUCGACUAAUUAUUAUUUUGAUGCUCAUUACCAUUGUUGAUUUUUUCUGACCUCGUAAAACUCAAAACCAGGAUACAUAUUUUUUUUAGCGAAGCAAUAAGAAGUUUGAGGAUCAAUGAGCUUGAAACUUUUAACCCGGUGACGCAUAAACAUCGCUAUAAUCCAGUCUUGAAUUGCAUCGAAUCAGGUAUACGAGUUAGAAUUCAUACCAUAUGCACUGAUUUUUAACGCAUAGUUCAUAAUUUUGUUGAUCAUAGAGUUGAAUGUAUCUUCUCGAGAACCAAAUGCACCUUUCAUGAGUGUACAUGAAUUUUUUAGGUUAAAACUUGAACUAAUUAUACACGUUUUUUAAUUUCUAUGAAUUAUCACAACCAGAAGAACCGCAACAUGCAACGCUGAUUAUAGUUUACAACCUAGAAUACAUACUAGUGUAAGCAACCCCAAGAAUUACUCAUUAUUCUGUAUAUUGGCCGUGUAGUGGUCGUUAUAUAAAAACUAACACACGUUGGAGGGAGAAACAAUUACAUAUCCUACUACGAGCUAUAUAGGAUAUAAUUGCACUCAUUUCACGAUUUUUAUGCUUACUGAAGCCAAAAUUAGCUUUGGAAAGAACUGUCGCAUUAGCGCGUACAAGUUUGCAUGGGAUGUUUUUCGUGGUGUUCAGAAUGAAAUCCUGGGGGGCGAUCAAGUUUGACAGUGAAUUUUCUUCAUAAAAGUUGGAAACAAUCGUUAUAAGAAGAAAAUCCAUGUGCCUUUCAUUGCGAUACCACACUGCCUGCUGGAGGGGCGACCUAAGCUCUGGAUUGACAGGAUACUGAUUACUUACAUUCCCAACUCACCUCUCUGAAAAAACUUUACAUAUGUUCUUCUUCAUAUUUAUACUGCGCUAGCCUCAUCAAUUCGCAACUUCUUAAGCUCUAUUUUGCACGAGUAAAACUUUUUCGUUUACAAGAUAUACUCUGGAUUAUGUUAGAUUCCUUGCUUGUUUUAUGUCCCGCAAAAGGCCAAAAAAAAAAAAUUCCUCUGAUAAGCAGGUAAUAAUUUG